AUGGCGCCGAAUCCCAUUCUGCCCGUCAAGGGCAAGAACAAUGUUCUAAUUACCUCCGCCCUGCCCUACGUCAACAACGUUCCUCAUCUCGGAAACAUCAUUGGCAGUGUUCUGUCUGCCGAUGUCUUUGCGCGGUACUCCCGUGCUCGCGGAAACCCCACCAUCUACAUCUGCGGCUCCGACGAGUAUGGCACUGCGACCGAGACCAAGGCCCUUGAGGAGGGCGUAACCCCAUCCGAGCUGUGCGCAAAGUACCAUGCCCUCCACAAGGGCAUCUACGACUACUUUGACAUCUCGUUCGAUAUCUUUGGCCGAACCCCGACCGCCCAACAGACCGAGAUUGUCCAGGACAUCUUUACCAAGCUGUGGAAAAACGGAUACAUUGAGGAGCGCGAGACCGUCCAGCCUUUCUGCCCUGUCGAGGCCCACCAGUCUUUCCUCGCUGAUCGAUUUGUCGAGGGUGUCUGCUCUAUCUGCGCCUACGAUGGUGCUAGAGGCGAUCAGUGUGACAAGUGCGGUAACCUUCUCGAUCCUCUCGAGCCCGAACCCGAAGCAAACGCUUCUGCCGAUGACGAUGUUGCUGCCAAGCCCACUGGCUUCUUGAUCAAGCCCCGUUGCAAGCUCGACGGAGCUACCCCGGAGAAGCGCAAGACGAAGCACUUGUUCCUCAGACUCGACGCUCUCAAGGACGAUCUGGUCAAGUGGUUCAAGGAAUCUAGCAAGAAGGGCGCAUGGAGCAACAAUGCGGAGCAGAUUACUCAAGCUUGGAUCGACAAGGGCCUCAAGCCCCGUGGUAUCACCAGAGAUCUCAAGUGGGGUGUCCCGAUCCCGACUCACGAGGUCGGAGAGGACUACGCAAGAAAGGUCUUUUAUGUCUGGUUCGACGCCUGCAUCGGAUACGUCUCCAUCACCAAGAACUACACCGACGGCGACAACCUCGAAGGCAAGAACUGGGAGCAGUGGUGGAAGAACCCCGAUGACGUGAAGCUGUACCAAUUCAUGGGCAAGGACAACGUUCAAUUCCAUACCAUCAUCUUCCCUGGAUCUCAGCUCGGCACCGGCGAGAACUGGACUAAACUGCACAAGAUCUCCACUACCGAGUAUCUUAACUACGAGGGUGGCAAGUUCAGCAAGUCGAGAGGUGUCGGUGUCUUUGGCAAUCAGGUACAACAGACUGGUGUGCCCGUCGAUGUCUGGAGAUACUACUUGCUGUCUCGCCGCCCCGAGACUUCCGAUUCUGAGUUCAUGUGGCAGGAGAUGGUUGACGGCAACAACAACGAGCUCCUCAAGAACCUCGGCAACUUCUGCCAGAGAGUCAACAAGUUCUGCCAGGCCAAGACCGAAGGCGCGGUUCCCGACUACACCAAAUACACUGAUGACUAUCUGAAGAAGCACAUCGACGAGGUCAACACCCUGCUCAAGGAGUACAUCAACAAUAUGGAGGCCACCAAGAUGAGGGCUGGUCUUCAGACCAUCAUGUCUAUUUCUGCCCUCGGCAACAAGCUGCUCCAGGACAACAAGCUCGACAACAGACUUCUUACUGAGGAGCCUGACCGCUGCGCUGCCGUUGUCGGUCUCGCGCUCAACCAGAUCGACCUUUUGGCCUCUCUCGUCGCUCCUUACCUGCCCAACACCUCGACUGCUAUCCUCAAGCAGCUCGGCGUUGAGCCCAAGCCGUUCAUCCCCGACACCUGGGUCACUGAUGCCAUCAAGCCCGGUCACAAGCUUGGAACCCCCGAGCAUCUCUUCACCCAGAUUGCGGCAUCCAAGAUUGAGGAGUGGAAGGACGCCUUUGGCGGCGAGGAAGUCAGAAAGCAAAAGGAGGAGGCGGCGGCCAAGGCCGCUGCUAAGAAGGCGGCAAAGGACGCCGAGAAGGCCCGUAAGAAGGCCAAGAAGGAGGCGGAAAAGGCCAAGGCGGCCGGAGCUGGAGCGUCGGUGGAGUCUACCGAGAAGAAGGCCGAGGCUGACCCGGCCAUCGAGGCGGUAACAGAGGCCAUCUCCAAGACGGAUGUCCACGCAUCGUAG